UCUCCAACACGUGAUCAAAACACUGUCAUGGCGGCCUCCGUUGUACUGCGCCGGGCAAGCAUGGGAUUGACUUUGUCGAUCUGUCGAGUUAACCCAGGCUGUAAUCUCUGCAAACUGCACAUUUUAACAAGAUGCAUGUAUGGUUUCACGGAGUCAAAGAAGACGGAUACAAAUGGCCGUUUUUCGACCUUGAGCAGGAGCAUUCAUACGUCUAAAGGUUUGUAUCACGGCAAAAGCGAGAGCACAGAAGUUGAAGAGGACGAAGCAGACGUGGUAAACGUGGUCUAUAUAGACCGAUCGGGAAAGCGAAUCCCAGUUAAGGCCAGAGUCGGAGACAAUGUGUUGUAUUUGGCUCACAAGCAUGAGAUUGAGUUGGAAGGAGCCUGUGAAGCCUCACUAGCCUGCUCUACGUGCCACGUAUACAUUCAUGAAGAUUACUGUGAUAAGCUGCCUGAGCCUGUAGAAAGGGAGGAGGAUAUGCUGGACCUGGCCGCCAUGCUGCAGCCGAACUCUCGGCUGGGCUGUCAGAUCAUCCUGACCCGUGAGAUGGAGGGCAUAGAGUUCACGUUGCCCAGGAUUACCCGCAACUUCUACGUGGAUGGGCAUGUGCCCGCACCUCACUGAGGAGGGGAUGCCGAAGGAGAGCGGUGGCGUCUCAAAUCUGGUCGUGGAAGGUGGGAGCAUGGCCUCACAUUGCCGAACACAGAGGUCCUCCAUCUUCCAGGGGGACACAGACCCUCAAUGGCUGCCACUUUCGAGCUGAAACGAGGAAAGCUUGGGCGACAUUACUGAAGUUCACCUGGCAUAUACAUCUGUUUUUCAAGUGUGAGGCAGGGCUUGGACGCAUAGUUCCUGAGAGGCUAAAAGCCAUGAAGGGUUGCUUGCUGAAAAAUAUUUCAAUUUGCCAUGUAGUAGUGUGGAAUUAAGGAACUGAACAGCUAGUCAGACUUGGUUCUGAAGUGUAGCUCAGCGAUAGUGUCCUUGAAUCUGAAUUAAGCAUUCAACUCUAAAUUGGUGGAACAUGACAAAUGUGAAUGAGAAUCAGCAAAGAAAAUGUUAAGCAACCUUCAUUGGAGUAAAUGUAUCCGUUAUCCUGUAGGUCUUCACUCCAACCAUAACAACAAAGCAAACCUCAUUGAACAGCUGGAGAUUUUCCUGAGCUGCUAAUUAAGUCAGGUGUGCCAAAUUAGCGUUGAAAUGGAUACCUAUAGGAAGGUAGAUCUCCAGUAACAGGGUUGGUUACCACUGAACAUACUGCCUUGGAUAUAUUUUUCAGUGAGCAAUCCUUAGUUUCCUUGAAUGGAACAUUCCAUGUUACAGUUAAGCAUAAUACGCACAAAGUGAACCACAGGAAUUUCCAAAGAUAUACGGUUAUAUUGGGAAUCAUAGCAUUCCUAAAUGUGUAAUACUUAGUUAAUAAAAUGCUUUUAAUUGAAACUUUUGGGAUAUUCAAAUUUGCCUACAUGUACAUCACAGUCAAGUUUGGCCAUGCAUGUCAAGCUAGUGAUAGAAAUUUCAAGCUUUGAAGAGAAAUUUGUUUUACUGAAAUUUUAAAUUCAAUACAUUUCCGUAACUGCUCAGUUACCAUACCAGGGCAUUACUUGAAAAUAGAAUUAAUGGCAAAUAGUUAAAGUAUGUUAUUAAUAAGCAUGUUGGGAAGAAAGAAUUUUCACUUUCAAAAUGCAUUAGGAUUUUACAACAUAUCCUGCGUGUAACAGCAGUACAAUGAGUUGAGGUCCCGGCUUAACUGCAGACCCCACAACUUAACUCAUGUAAUUUAUUGCUGCUUUUUCAUACACUAGAUCCAAGGUUUGUCCCUUUUCAUGUUAUAUAUACCAGUUCUAGGUGCUGCAGCCUCAAACCUAUAGCAGAGAAGCAGCAAAUCUCAUCACUUUCAUGCCAUGAGGUCAGAAUUCUUUACCUUAAAAGAUGUUCGUAGCCUGAACAUGGUAAUAUUUUUAAUAGACUAUGAUGUGGAUUUGGGGAAACACAAAGAAUACAGCUGAUGGAUCAUGUAGAAGGUGCAUUCUUUCUUUUGUCAUGUUGUAUAAUUCUAUGAAGAGCUGGACUUUAGGAAGUCAUUAAAUCCACUGGAUUGGAUGAUGCUGCCCCCAUGGGGCACAAAGAAGACAUGCAAAUCCUUUUCAUCAAACUUGGGACCAGCUUUUCAAACUUAAGCGACAUCAAACCAUUUUACUGGCUGUAAUUAGACAUCCCUACCUCCCAGCACAGCCUCCAAGAUACUAUGAUCCAGUUUAGUAGGUCAAAAGAUUUCAGGUCAAUCUACCUUUGGAUUGCAUUAGUUUCAAUUUCAUUAAGCCCUUUGAUGGGGAUAUUAAUGGUUUUAAAAAGUGAGUUGGUUGAGAAUGGGUAUACACUUACCUAACUGAUUUGCCUAUGCACAGGCUUCACAAUGUAGUGUCAACCAUAAUGAACAUACAUGUCAAUGCAUUG